CUUGGCCGUUUCCCUUCGAACUCUCUUCUCGAUGGCCCUCUUCCGUUCGAAUUUAAUCUCCGAAUUGUAGGCCAUCUUGUUCUGGAGCUUCUCCUUUUCCUUUUCCCUGUCGACGGCCGGCCGGGCCGGCUUGAAUCGCUCCCUUUCGUACACGCCGGACUCCACGAUGGUUUGCAUCGAACGUUUCUUCGAGCUGCCCGGCCUGAUGGUCACCGGAUACUUCGGCUCCCGAACGCUCUCCGGGGCCUCCUCGUCGCUGCGCAGGUUGUAGUUCUCCUUCUUGCGCAUCAUCGAUGCCAUUUUGCUCUCUUCGAUCAACACUAGGCAACAGUACAGAAAGUUACUAGAAAAAAAUAAAAAGGCACCGAUGUGGCUGUUGUACGUUUUAGGUAUUUCGCUCUAUCCGGAUCGAACGAGUUUUUGGGCGUUUGCAACAUCCCGCCUUUGGGCACGUUCUUGCUCAUCCAUUCCAUUUCCAAUAGGAUAUAAUUGUGUAUAAUGUAAAUAAAGUGGCUGAAAUGAAGAUGAAAUGAUCGCUCGUUUAUAAACGGUCGCUAUGGAAACAAUUAUUAAAUACGAGGGAUGAUUCGAAUCUUCUAUACGCUACAUACGAGGGGAUCACUAGAAAAUAUACAUAACAAACGCAUUAAAUUCUGUCGCGUUAAUAAGGAUGUUCUAUUAGACCCGAACGUGCCAGUCUCGCUUCGAUACCGCACUAUGAACACUCAUAAAUACCUUUUAUACAUAGUUUUAAGCUCGACUAGUGUUUUUUGUUGCCAACAUUACGAAUGGAACCCCUUCGGGAGGGCCCAUUUGGCGCUGUUGAUUCUUGCUAGGGGAGGCUCGAAAGGAAUACCAUUGAAAAACGUAGCCGAAAUAGGCGGUAUACCAUUAGUGCGGAAUACAAUACGCGAGAUUAGGACUGUGAAAGGAGUGGAUUCGAUUUGGGUAUCGACCGAUCAUUGGAAAAUCGCUCGGGAAGCGCAAAAAGGUUCACCUAGAGAUAAAAUCAACGUUCAUUGGAGAUCGCCCGAAUCGGCUACAGACACAGCAAGCUCGCUUGAAGGGAUCGAGGAGUUCCUGGAGAAUCACCAGGAAGUCGAAAUACUGGGUCUAUUGCAAUGCACGUCGCCUUUUAUAAGCUCUGAAUACGUCCAAUUCGCUGUAGAUUCUAUGAGAAGCGGCUAUGAAUGCGUAUUUUCAGUAACGAGAUCGCACAAACUGCGGUGGAGGGAACUCGAUUAUAAAUUGGUACCGGUGAAUUUCGAAGCUUCGAGGAGACCCAGAAGGCAGGAUUGGAACGGGGAUUUGGUCGAAAACGGAAUGUUCUACUUCGCUACGAGGAGAUUAAUAGGAAAAGGUCUAUUGCAAAGCGACAAGUAAGCCAACGUUAAUCAUGUUUAUCGUAGAAAAAUGUAUUCAAAUUUUCACUAUGGCUUUGCCAACGUUUCCGCCUCUUAGCAUAUCGACAAAAGCGGUGAAAGUGUUCUCGAAACCCUCUGUUACGCUUUCCCUGUAUUUCAAUUUCCCUUCCUCUAUCCAUUUCUUGUUCUGUUCGAUCCCCUCAAACCAUCUAUCCAACCACCUGUGCACUAUGAAACCUUCCAUUCUCAAUUGAUUAAACGUCAAGGGAUACUGAACGAGAG